ACCGCUGGUUCGCCGGGCUAUACGUGCGGCUGUCCCGGGGCUCAGACCUGGAACGGUAGCGCCUGUAUAGAGCAACCGCCGACCGCUGGGCCGGACACCACUCAGUCAGCGGCGGGCAAUCGGCCGGCGACCGCACCGUCUGUAUCGUCGGCGGUCACGCCGUACCCGGUGUUAGACAACGACACAAAACUGGUGUUUGUUGUCUACAAAGAGGGUAUUUAUGUGAAGCAAAACACAGUGGAAGACAUGAACACAAAUUACAUUGAGUCCGUGGAUCUGUUGUCGGACACCGAUUGGAUCACUGAAUUUGAUUACGUGUACCACAAGAAUGUCAUGUUAUGGCUGGAGAGCAGUGUGUUUGAGGGGCUGUCACUAUACGGGGCGCCGAUAGACCGGUCAAAGCCGUCGGCGUUUAACGCAACUCAGAAACUGUUGCGCCGGACGUAUAACUCGAAGCGAUUGUCCAUCGAUUGGAUCCACGACUUGGCCUAUAUAUCGGUGUCCAAAGGCGUGGAAGUGAUCAGUAUUGGCCCGGAAGGCAAGUAUUACAGCUACGAUCUGAUCCGACACAAUGAGAUACAGGGAGACGUGUCGGUCGAUCCCAUACACGGACUGCUAUUCUGGUCGCAGUGGGGCUACAAUACGGUCACUACUAAACACUCGGGUAGUAUAACGCGGGCCAAUCAGGACGGCUCGGAUCCCAUAGUGCUGUCAACGGCAACCUUAAUACCCAACACUAUAGCCCUCGACAUCGACGCACAGGUAGUCUAUUGGAUCGAUACACACGUCUAUACCCUGUAUUCUGUGAGCUAUACGGGACUCGACUUCAAGACAAUACUUGUCUCGCGAAACCUAUUCGAGGGCUCCUUCUCUAUGGAUCUGUUCGGUGAUCACAUCUAUUGGUCUAACUAUGAGAACAACGCUCUUCACGUCACCAAUAAGAGGGGUCUGAACGGCACCGAGAAGUUGACACUCGUCAACGCCUACACCGAUGUAGAGGGUGUCAAAGUGUUGGACAGUCGCCGGCAGAUGAAUGGCACGAACCGGUGCUCAAACUCCCGCUGCGCUCACAUGUGUCUACCCGUACAGCGAGACUAUCGGUGCGUUUGCUCUAAGAAUCGGUUCCAAUUCAGUGACGUCUGUAACGAUGAAACAACGACAACUGCGAGACCAGUGAUGACGAGCACAGAGAUGGCCACUACGGCGACAACAACUCUGGAACCGAUUGGCGCCACGGAUGCCAUCCAUAGCCAACUGAUUGACCAUAAUAUCCAUUACAUGAAGAAUAUAUCACAUAAAUUGGAUUCAUUGAUAAAUAUCACACAAUUGAGACCCGAGAGCGAAGGCCCACACAAUGGCCACUGGAUUGCCAUCGCAUUCAUCUCAAUGGCAGUAAAUGUGAUAUUAAUAGCGAUAUUUAUUUACCGCAAAAAACAAAUUAAAUUUCCGGACAAUUUUUGGGCCAAAUUCCGCAAAGAUAGGGGCGAUAUACUGAUGAACGACACGUCCAGCGUUAACGACGAGUUGUGAACAUCACAUCUCAAUCAUCA